CGCACACGAUGGCAGAGUUCUCGGCCCGGCACGAGGUCAAGGCCCUGGCGCGCCUCGCGACGCCGAUCCUCUUCUCGAACCUCGCCAUGUUUGGCAUGUCGAUGGCGGUCUUGAUGGCGGCGGGGCACCUCGGGUCGGCGCAACUCACGGCCGUCGCGUACGCCCAAAUGCUCUUUGACAUCACCAUUCUCGUCUUCGCGUCCGGCUUCAUUUCGGGGCAAGCAGCGCUGUCGGCCCAAGCCUUUGGCGCUGGCAACCUACCGCUCGUUGGCCGCUACUGCCAAAUGAACUGCAUUUGCAUCACGCUGGCGUGCAUUCCCAUUGGCAUCCUCUGGUGGUUUACCGGCGACUUUUUGCGCGCCGGUGGCAUCUCGGACGAGACGGUGCGCUUUGCGAGAGAGUACGCUCACUACUCGACGCCGUGGCUCUUCCCGCGCCUCAUCUUCCAGGUCCUCAGCGUCUACUUCAAGUCGAUGCAAAACGUGCUGCCCGCAGCGAUCUUUGCCGUGACGUUCACCGUGCUGCACGCCGGCCUCGUUGUCCUUUUGGUCUUUGGACUUCCGUCGACGGGCUUUGUGGGCUACGGCCUCGUUGGAGCGCCGCUGGCACUGACGCUGACGCACUAUGGCCGCACGAUCGCGUACAUUGCUUACAUGUUUGGGUACAAGAAGCACCAUGCUUCGUCGUGGAACUGGGCGGUGCGCGGUCUCAGCCCGCGACUCUACUUGGUGCCGAUGCUGCGCGUCGGGGGGCCGCUCGCCCUCGGCAUGCUCGUCGAGAACCUCCAGCUCCAAACCAUGGCGGUGUUUGCCGCCAUGACGAGCGAGGUCGACCUCGGUGCCAACAACUCGAUGCUCAACCUCAUCUUCUUUCUCACGUCGCCCAUCUUUGGCAUGAUGGACGGCGGCGCGACGCGGAUCGCCAUGCACUUGGGCGCUGGCCAGGCACACGCCGCGCGCGCCACGAGUCACUUGGUCUUUUACGGUAUUUUCGGCAUCUGCGUCCUCAUCGUGGUGCCGUGGCUCUGCGCGCGGUCCUCGAUCGGGCGCAUCUUCUCGUCCGACGAAACAGUCGUCCAGAGCAUGACGACCAUCAGCACCUUGGCCGCCGCGGGCUACAUCAUCAUGUCGCUCUUCUAUUACGCUAUGGCAACGCUGCAAGCACAGGCCCGAACACUCCCAAUCAUGGUCUCGUUCCUCGUCGGCGCUUGGAUCGUUGGCGUGCCACUGGCGUACGUUUUGGAUUUCCCCGUCAACCUCGGUCUCCUCGGCAUCUGGAUCGGCAUGUCUGUUGGCUACAUCGUCACGACGGUGCUCGGCGUCUACUUUACAUCCAAAUCGGACUGGCCAGAGGAGGCCAAGAAAGCUGUCGAGCGGAGCGCCGUCAAAUGCAGCAGUUUAGAGCCGGCAAGCGCUGCUGCGCUGGAGGAAGGCUACGCUGGGAUCGCCGACAGCCCCGUCGAUGCGACGACAACGCUUGCGCGCGACGCCACGAGUAACGCGCCGUCUCUCCAUCGACCCACAUAGUCGCGUCGGAGAAGGCAAAUGCAAUCACCACUUUUGUCGAGAAUCGUCUUGAUGCGACGUUGCGAGCGCCGAGUAUCGAAGGUAAAUCAGUAACCAAAGGUGGGGGGACGUGCUAGUCAUGGGCUGCGAUCGGGAAGGUCCCUCUACGGUGUGUAUUUUGUAUUUACGCGGCUUUUUGCUCGAGUUCCCA